AUGUUUCUUGUACAUUGAAGAUAUCAUAUUCAAGUAUAUAUACCAUCUCUCCUGUCAUAAGGUUCAUAACUAGCUAGAUAGGUUUACAAUAUGAUCUCUUUGUUACUGUUAAUGCUACUACAAAUCAACAAUGCAGUGUCAAAUGCUGAGGAAUACCAGACAUAUAUCAUCCACAUGGACCAUUCCCAAAAACCUGCAUCUUUCUUAACACAUGAGGCAUGGCAUCGGUCCACCAUAACAUCAUUAAUGCGAUCAUCUCCUGAAGAACAUGAUGAGAGCGAAAUGUUCUUGUACUCAUACAACCAUGUCAUGCACGGCUUCAGUGCAAGGCUCACAGCAACUCAGCUGUUGGAAUUGGAGAAAUCUCCAGCUCAUGUUGCCACACACCCGCAGUUAUUUCUUGAGCCGCUCACAACACACAGCCCCAAGUUUCUUGGACUGAAACAGAACUCUGGCAUAUGGCCAGCUGCGUCCUUUGGCAAAGACGUGAUUAUAGGUAUUAUCGAUACUGGAAUUUGGCCAGAGAGUGAGAGCUUCAAUGAUAAAGGAAUGGCAGAAGUUCCACAGAGAUGGAAAGGCACAUGUGAAAAUGGAACGUCAUUUAGCCCAUCUCUCUGCAACAGGAAGCUCAUAGGGGCACGUUCUUUUAGCAAAGGGCUCCAAGCUGAAGGCCUAAAAAUCCCACCAUUUGACUAUAAUUCACCAAGAGACCACAGUGGUCAUGGAACCCACACAUCAUCAACUGCUGCAGGUAACCAUGUAGUCGGUGCAAGUCAAUUUGGCUAUGCAAAAGGCACGGCAAGAGGUGUGGCGCCGCGUGCACAUGUUGCCAUGUACAAGGUGCUCUGGGGAGUAGAAACAGAAAAGAGUACAGCUACUGAUGUGCUAGCUGCCAUGGACCAGGCAAUUUCCGACGGAGUUGAUAUCAUAUCAAUAUCUCUUCGCAUAAGCCUGCGGGAAGAUCCUCCUUAUUUCAAUAACGUCAUUUCCAUUGCUUCUCUUUCAGCAGCUGAGAAAGGAAUUGUUGUUGUCUGUGCCGCUGGGAAUCAGGGUGCUCCGAACUCAAUAUACAAUGGAGCACCCUGGAUCACAACAGUAGGAGCUGGCACACUCGAUCGUAGUUUCACUGCAACAAUGACUCUAGAAAAUGGGUUAACAGUUGAAGGAACAUCAUACUUCCCAGAGAGCGUUUACAUUACUGAUGCACCAUUAUACUAUGGGAAAGAGAAUGUGAGCAAAGCAAUGUGCUACUAUGGGGGAUUGGAUCAUAAAGAAGUUGCUGGAAAGGUAGUCUUAUGUGAUAAUCCCGCCGAGAGCCAGAUAGACAUUGAAGGACAAAAGGAAGAGGUAGAGAGGGCAGGUGCUUAUGCUGGAAUCUUCAUCACGGAUCUCUCAUUUUUACAUCCAUCCGACUACACCGUUCCUGCUAUGAUUCUGCCAUUUUCUACAGGUGCCUUGGUUAGAGGUCACGCCACACAGGUCGAUACAACCAAAGUUAAGAGCAUCACAUUUGUUCACACCAACUUGGGAACAAAACCAGCACCACAAGUGGCAAGUUUCUCUUCAAGAGGACCAUACUCAAUCACUCCAGGUAUUCUAAAACCAGACAUUCUUGCCCCAGGGGUUGAUGUGCUGGCUGCAGUGAAACCAGACAAGCCAUUCAUGGAACUAAAGAAUUACAAUUUAGUGACAGAUUAUGCACUAAAAUCAGGGACAUCAAUGGCAGCACCCCAUGUCGCUGGCGUAGCAGCAUUGUUAAAAUCUGUCCACCCAGAAUGGAGCCCAGCAGCCAUCCGAUCAGCAAUCAUGACCACAGCAUACGCAGUCGACAACAAUCACACCACCAUAAAAGACGAAUCAGAUGGUCUUCCAGCCACACCAUUGGACUUUGGGGCAGGCCACAUAAACCCAAAUAAGGCCAUGAACCCCGGACUAGUCUAUGACAUGAAUGUGCAAGACUACAUUGAGUUUCUAUGUACCCUGGGGUACAAUGACAAGCAGAUGAAAGCCGUUAUUAGACGAAGCCAAUGGACUUGCAGACAGCCCCCUACUGAAUUAAACUACCCUUCUUACAUGGUCAUCAUUAACGGCACAGACUCUCCGAGAACCAAAAGCUUUAGCAGGGUUGUGACAAACGUGGGAGAUGACACGUCAAUUUACCGAGCAAUUCUACAAGUUCCUAGUGGGAUGAGGAUAACAGUAGAGCCUAGUACUCUGACAUUCACUAAAAAGUAUCAGCAGCAAGGUUUUGUUUUGAACGUAGAGAUCGACAGUGAUGCUCCGAAGGUGAUCUAUGGUUAUCUCAAAUGGGUUGAUCAACAUGAUCACAUUGUAUCAAGUCCCGUAGUGGCCCUUAAUAACUAGUAUCAGUAAAUCAGCAUAUUCAUGAUCAUGAUCAUGUGCAGGUUUAGAGAAUCAGAAAUAAAAUGAACCAAGAUAGAUUUCAGAGGUGAAAAUCAUUUAAAUUGAAGAGUUCAACAAGCGAAGAUUUUAUUUGUUUAUCAAAAAUUCAUCAAUUUAACGAUAACAUCUGUCAAUGAACAAUGUAUACCUGGGAGAUAAUGAAAAGAAAGCACAGAAUGGAAUCUUCUGAGGAGGUGAGAAGCCCAUACCUGAUAUCCUUAAGCGUUUAAAAGUUAGCAGGUGACUGCUUCAUUUCAUUUGUCUGCUUCGUGCUCUACUC